UCCCAAGUGAGUAACUGAGAACAGAAAGUUAAAGAAAUAUGAAAAAAGAAGGCUUAUCCAGAAUUUUUUCAGAAAGCAUGGCAUGUGUCACAUUUACUGUUUUAAAGAAAAAAAAUGUAUAACUUGUGUGAGCAUAAUGGAUACCAAGUUCAAUAAUACCCUUGGAGAAACCCUCAGCCGCAAGUGUGAAUGUGUGUGGUCACAGAGAACAUAAUAUUCACAGGAAAAGGAUGUCCCUUUGGUCAUAUCCUCUCCUAGAACUUAAAUUAUGCCCUCAUUUGUAUAAGGAGCUGCUGGCCACCUCUCACUACACUCAUUCACAAGUCAUUGUGACAUCUCCCACUGACAAUGGACACAUCAACGAUAUAUGCUACCAUAAACUUUGCCGAAAUCCAAGAGCUUAGGCUUGCAUCAUCUUCUCUUCCCUCAGAUGAAGAAGAUCGAGCUGUAAACAACGAUGGAGAAGAUCCAGCUGUACACAUCUAUGAUGACGUUCUGGCUGUAAACAACUAUACCCGUCAGUGUCCUCGCAGGCAUUGGUUGACUUUGAAACUCGGCUGUGCUGGACUGAUUCUUGUCUUGAUCGUGAUUGGAAUCAGUGUCACAGUGGGAUUUUUAGUGCAAAGCCCACCAAGAGUGAACAUGACUGAACCAACAGGUAGAUCAGCCGUACUAACAUGCCCGAGAGAUUGGCAUCCAUACUGGGAUAAAUGCUUAUUUAUUUCUCAGACUACCAGAUCUUGGGUUGAAGGUCAAGCUGACUGCUCUAUGAGAGGAUCCACUUUGCUGGUCAUUGAAAAUGAAGAAGAAUUGAAAUUCAUUUGGGACUUCUUAAAGAGAAAAAGUACAAAAUUUUAUAUUGGAUUAAAUUAUGUACCAGCAGAGAAGAUCUGGAAGUGGGUAAAUGGAUCUAUUUUAAAUCCUGAUGUCUUACAAAUCACCAUCAAGAAUGAAGACAAUGGAUGCGCCACUAUCUCAGGACUAGAAGUUCUUGUUGAAAAGUGUUCUGUAUACCACUUGUAUAUCUGCCAAAAGAAGCUGAAACCUGUCUAAAAUUUUGUGUCCUAAUUCCUGGUUGUGAAUAUCAACUCUGUUCCCUUAAACUUCACACCAAAUCUCUGUAUACUAUUUGUCAAUGGUGUGGGCCUUUCCUGUGCAUGGUUAGUGAAAUUCUGAGAGAGGUGUUCUAUAGAAGGAAACCCAGGCCAGUAGACAGCACUGGAGGCCUUUAUGGCAUUUGCUGAAUUCUCUGCCUCAAUUCAUCUGCAAACAGCUGCAGAAAACUGUUUUCAAUGUUCUCAUCUCUACCUCUAUCCCACUUCAAUCUAUCUGACAUCUUGGCUGUAGAACCUUAAUUAAAGUCCUUGUUUUUGCCUUGACAUUAGAGACCCAUACUUAAGGACAUUGGGAAGGGAAGAGUUUGUUUUGAUUGACUCCUACAAAAUAAUCAAUCAAUAAUUGACUAACGUUGUGACAAUGAGAGUGACUCUAGGUAAACCUAGCUCUUUCCAUGUGAAGUCUCUCAGCCUGCUGUGAUCCACCAACAGCCCCUGGGUAUAUGUUGACACACUGGCCUUGGAUUUGUUAGUCUUCAGAGCUGUGAGACUGAGUGUCUCUUCUCAUCCGGUAUACUGAGACAAGACCUUGUCCUUUCCCACUGUUCCACAAGUCUUUCCAUUUUAAAAUUCUUGACAUUUCUUUCUUCCAUGCCUCGCUAUUGCUUAUGCUUCAUGCAGAAAUAGUAGGAAGUAUGCAGUAAAUAUUUAGUUAUUUUAGUAGAAAAUAAAUGAUAUUUUGAUUCUUCAGUAAUAGAAAUUAAAAUAAAAUUAACAUUUAUUCUGAUAAAACUCUUGAAUGUCCACUUUUCUUUAAAAUAAAAGA